GAAAUGGCACACAAUGGACAACGCGGAGACUCUUAUGCUCGAAUGCGUCAGACAGUAUCUGCAGAACGGCGGCAGAGACCGGUUCUUUGGCCUCCCCAUGACCCUGUUCCCUCGACACCCCAUGUGCAUGUCCAUUGGACAUCUCCACCACGGCAGGCAGAUGCGCACCGGGUUCACUACACUGACUCCAUCGACCAUGGCCGACUACGACGAGUCACUCAACAACAUUUGCUUCGAGUCGCAACUCUCAAAUUUCGCCAAGUUCAACUACCUAGAAGACCUAUACGAGGAAAUGCUCGCCGACGCGCUUAAGUUGAGGACGUCCACUGAGUACUUUCACGUACCGAACGAAUGCGAGCGGUUCAAUGUCGGUGAGAUGCUCGAAUGGAGCAUGUUCAGGAAGAGAGAAUUUGACGGGGACAGCGACAGUGAUGAAGAUUCCGAGUGUGAGUCGGACAACGAGCUCGAAGAAGGGGACAUUUGACGGGAAACAUGCGGUGAUGUGUGGAGUUGUCGAUAUUCAAUGUGGCGUGGGAACAGUAAAGGGACGAGACACCAAAGUAUUGUGCAGCACAUGGUACAAUGCACGGUGGAUGUAGAGGUGGAAGAGACGAGGGAAUGCAUGGUCAUCAUAUCCGUGUCUCG